CCGGCGCUGGCCGCCUGCCCCCAGAACUGCCACUGCCACGGCGACCUGCAGCACGUCAUCUGCGACAAGGUGGGCCUGCAGAAGAUCCCCAAGGUGUCCGAGAAGACCAAGCUGCUCAACCUCCAGCGCAACAACUUCCCCGUGCUGGCCGCCAACGCCUUCCGGGCCAUGCCCAACCUGGUGUCGCUGCACCUGCAGCACUGCCAGAUCCGCGAGGUGGCGGCCGGCGCCUUCCGGGGCCUCAAGCAGCUCAUCUACCUGUACCUGUCCCACAACGACAUCCGCGUGCUGCGCGCCGGCGCCUUCGACGACCUGAGCGAGCUCACCUACCUCUACCUGGACCACAACAAGGUGACCGAGCUGCCCCGGGGGCUGCUGUCUCCGCUGGUCAACCUCUUCAUCCUGCAGCUCAACAACAACAAGAUCCGCGAGCUGCGCGCCGGCGCCUUCCAGGGCGCCAAGGACCUGCGCUGGCUCUACCUGUCGGAGAACGCGCUCAGCUCCCUGCAGCCCGGCGCCCUGGACGACGUGGAGAACCUGGCCAAGUUCCACCUGGACCGGAACCAGCUGUCCAGCUACCCCGCGGCGGCCCUGAGCAAGCUGCGCGUGGUGGAGGAGCUGAAGCUGUCCCACAACCCCCUGAGGAGCAUCCCCGACGGCGCCUUCCAGUCGUUCGGCAGGUACCUGGAGAGCCUCUGGCUGGACAGCACCAACCUGGACAAGGUGAGCUCCUGGCUGCAGCGCCCGGCCCCGGCUCCUCCUUCUCUGCCCGGAGGCCCAGGGAUCCAGGGCCGCGGCUGGGCACCGUCCCCUCGGCCCGAGCAGAGUUCCUAUGCGUGUGAAAUGAAGGGGACAGUUCCCAGACGCUCCUGGAGCCAAGUGAAUCCUGGUUCCUCCCCCCAGCAUUGCCACAUCCCUUCCCCAACCCCGGCAUUUCUCUGUCUCUCCAGGUGGCUGGAAGCCAAGACUUCGCGCCCCGAUGCCACUUGUGCCUCGCCUGCCAAGUUCAAGGGCCAGCACAUCCGUGACACGGACGCCUUCCGCAGCUGCAAGUUCCCCACUAAGAGGUCCAAGAAAGCCGGCCGCCAUUGAACAGGUCCUGAUCCAGCCAGUCCUGGUGACUGGUCUCUGCCUUCUGCUGGAGAAACUACUGACCACCCCCACCUCCUUCCACAGCCUCUGCUGAUGCACAGAGCUGUCCACACCUAGACGCGUCCUGGCUGGGGGGCUCAGCACUCCAGCGUGAACCCAGCCACACCCUCUCUACCUGCCAGCGAGGGCUCCAUCACACCUGGCCCCCCCGCCACGGCUCCUCUCAAAGAAGCUGUUGCCGAGACCCUCAAGACCUUCAGAACCAGAACUGGGCGGUCAUCAGGAUGGCCACCCUUCCAUUUGGAAACAAACAUCAGAUCCUUGCCCCGCCCCUUGUGUCCAGAAAGGGUCUUAAGCCCAUAUGCCAACUCCGCCAGCCCCUGCCUGCCAGGACGCUCUAGCAGGAUACCGGUGCUUUGCCAAAUACCCCCCCUGCUGCACCUCUUCCCCAGGUUCCUAUGAGUAUAAAUGUAUGUAUGUAUGAUAGUUAC